CCUCACCAUGGCAGCAGCUAUGCCGGUGUGCUACCACGGCUCCAUCAGCAGGAAAGAGUGUGAGGAUCUGCUGGGGAAGAAGAACAAGGAUGGAGCUUACCUGAUCCGAGACAGCGAGACCAUCCAGGGAGCCAUGUGUCUGUGUGUCUAUAAAAAGAAAGUGGUGUACACCUAUAGACUGCUUCAGACGCACGCUGGACAGUACACUCUCCUGACGGCAGGAGGAGCGGAGGAUAACUUCUUUAAGACUCUGGAUGAACUGAUUCAUCACUUUAAGAGAAAGAACCAGGGUCUGGCCAUGCACCUGCGCCACUCUGUGAAAAGGAAGACGGCCUUGGUGAUCCAACCCCGAAAACCAAGUGCAGCUCCACCUGAAGAGGAGUUUCAUCUGCAGCAGGUCCCAGCAGAUGAAGUAGAUAAUGACUAUGAAAAUGUUCCUAACUCUGACUACGUGGAAGUCCUGCCUGAAUGACAAUGACUUUGACAUUUAGCAUCAAACACGUGAGGAUUUUUUUGGGGAGUGGGAGACUCUGAACUAUGGACAAUGGACACAUGCUUAAGAGUGCAGAUGUUCAUCUGCUUGUGACUUUGCAUCAUAUAUUUUUUCUCCAUCACUCUGCUCCAGACUGAAGUAUCUCAGUGGAUUGCUGUGUCCCUCAGACAUUCAUGUUCGCCAGAGGACGAAUCCCUCUGACUUUGGUGAUCCCCUGAUCUUCCUUCUAGCUCAGCUACUGAAUGGAUUUCCAUGAAAUCUGGUAUACACGUUCAUGUCCUCUUCAGGAUGACUCUGAAUCGUCUUCACAUCUCUGCUGUUGCUUUCUGUGGCUGUACUCAGUUCUUAUCCAGCUACUGUAAAAAAAACCCUCAGAUCUCAAACAGAAAUGAUUGUGGGAAUCCUCACACCUCUUCAUUUGUUUAUAACACCUGCAAAAUCAUAUUCAUUUGGAAACUCCUGACCUAUUUAAGGUAUGUCUUGAUGCAGCAAAAUCCACUCAUAAUGCUCUCCAGUUUCAGUAUUUCUCCACCUUGUUUACCAUCAUUAACGAUCAUGCCAGGCACAACUUAACCACUGUGACCACUCACACCUUGUAACUGAGCUCAAUCAAAGGUCGAAUUAAUGUAGAAAAACAGGAAACUCACGUGUUCUGUUUAUCAAAUGCUCUCAAACCUAGCUUCCUAUCAGGUCUUACUUUAUUUCUUUAUGUCCACCACUGCACCCUGAGGCAGGACACAGGUGUCAAAUGUCAGUAUAAGUCUGUCAUUUUUUCUGCCUGCACAGCGUUAUUCAGUCAGCUAAUGACACUGAGAAGACCAAAAACCACACUGUGUGUCUCAAAGUUUUCAACAGCUGUGGCUUUCACCCACAAAAUAUGUCAUGGUUCUCCUUUUAGAUAUCUAAAAGCAGCUCACAUUUAAAUACAUAUAUGUUGUUUCAGUUUUUUAAGCAUUCUGCAUUCUGUAUUCUGAAAUAGUACAUUUAUUAGGGACUAUUUUUAGUGUUUGAUUAAACCACAUUUGGUGUCUUGUGAGCAGGCGUAACCUUAAAUACAAACACAAAGCUUAGUUAAUAAUAGACGUGCAUGUUGUCUCCAACUUUAACUUUGAUUAUUGGCUAUUUAUCUCAGCUGUUUUGUGUUUCCCUGUAGAUGUUUUGCAUCUCUCUCUGUUGAUUUUGUGUCUCUUUGUGGUCGUUUUAUGCCUCUUUGCGAUGACCACAUAUUGUGCUGUUUGUAGUUGCUUUGCGUCUCUUUGUGAUCGUUUUGUCUGCUUGCAUCUCUUUUUCUUCCCUCUUGUUGUGGCUGUUAUGUAUUUCUCUGUAGCUGUUUCUCUCAGUGUGAACAUACUUCAGCAGAACUAGUCCGAUAUGUUGAUUCGCAAUUACUGUGUAUUAAUGCUGCAAAAACUUGCGGCUUUGUCCAGUGUGGUCUGGCUGGUGUGCACUGCCUGGCGUCGCUUCAUUGUCAACACUUUUUUUAGAGGUUUUGCUGCAGCAGACGCUUCAUUCUAUCUGUUUUUAUUUAAAUUAUUUAUACAGGGAGGAAAAUAAUAAACAUUUUUACAUUUAUUUGUAUUGGCUGCACCUGCAUCUAAUAUUUGAUAUUAAUGGCAAUCUCUUGAUUUCUUAACACACUGUAAAUAUUUAUCUGUAAUAUUUUCUCCAUUGGUUUAAAAUUCCUUAUGAUUAUAAUCCUGUGUGGUUCCUUCUGACUGUUGAUAUGCAAUUAAAAUGUCACUCCUGCAGAAACAACAAAUGUAAAA